AUGACAGAGAAAAGAACUGAGAGGAUCGUCAAAGCCGAAGAUCUUCUUUCUAGCUACAACCAUUCCGACAAGAUUCCCGAAGAGGAAACUUGUCCAGUUCACUGGAACACCCCUGAUAGAACAAGUAACAUUGCAUGUCCGUGUGUUAAAUGUGGGAAUAGAAGUUACUUGGAUAGAGACAUCGUGAAAAGCCACUUGAUUGUGUAUGGAAUAAGACAAAGUUAUACAUUUUGGUAUUGUCAUGGAGAAAAGAGAUCUAGAAGUUAUGAAGAGGGUGAUAAUGAUGAAUUAGAGGGUGAUAAUGAUGAAUUAGAAGGUGAUAAUGAUGAGUUAGAGGAUGAUAAUGAUGAAUUAGAGGGUGAUAAUGAUGAAUUAGAUGGUGAUAAUGAUGAAUUAGUGGAUGAUAAUGAUGAAUUAGAGGGUGAUAAUGAUGAAGACAGUGAUAAUGAUGUACAAGAUUCAAAUCGUGGUAAUGAUAGUGAAGAAUCACAUGAGGAAGAUAAAGCUUUUUGUAGAUUGUUAAAUGAUUCCAAACAACCUUUGUACCAAGGAUCGAGAAUUUAA